GUUGCUGGACUUGUAUUGACUGCAGUGUAUUCUUCGUCUGGUUCUAUUUUACUCGAUUUUAAGUGCUUCUUCGAAAUUUUUUUCAAUAAAUCAACAUAAACUAAAUGCUCCAACAGUAUUUUGGAUAAAAAUAAACGAAAAGUAACAUUAUGAAUGAGGAAUCAAAGAGUUGCUUGUGUUUUGACGACCAAUGCGAGUGCAAUCAGCGUCAUUACAACAGGCGGAGUUGUGCCAAUUGUCAAUGUUUUGUAAUAAAAAAAGAAAUUACUGCUUAGAAACACUGGCGAAAUAAAUUCUUCUUCCUGACUUUCGUGACAUUGACUAAAGGAAAUAAUAAUUUCAAAAGAAAACUCGUUUAUUGUUUCAAGAAAACCGGAGUAAAAUUAAGAUGGAACAUUUUCGACAGCGAAACAUAGAACAUUAGAGAUGUUUCUUUUGUCACGUGGUUCUGUUUUUUUGAAAACGUCACACGAGCCGACUAAUUCAAACUGAAAACUAUAUGAUUUAGUAUUUUUAGAUUUUGUUUUUCUCUUUAAAAAAAAAAAAAAAAUGGGAAAAACUAGAGGUGUACAUGAAACUACUCCGGAAUUAAGAAAUCGGAUGGUGGGAAUGUAUGAAGCUGGUCUGGGCCUAAGGGAAAUAGCAGCAGCAAUUAAUUGUUCUCAAAGGACGGUGAAAAGGUGGCUAAACCGAUUCGACAAAGAGGGAACAGUCGAGACAAGGGAUCGUUGCGGUCGUAAAAGAGCCACUACAUCAGAACAGGAUGAGGCUAUUGUUCGCCUCGCAACCCAGACAACAAUAACAGCCGCAAAAGCUGUACUUCCAGCCUUGGGACUCUCGUGUUCCGUUGACACUGUAAGAGAAAGAUUGCAUAAAGCUGGAAUCCAUAAUUGGAGUCCGUGUCGUAAGCACAUGCAAAAAAUCCCCCUAGGCAAUGACGUCGAUGGAUCAUCAAUUCAGCAAGCUGUCUGGCGACCCACUGGAACGCAACUUGGAAAGAAAAAAAAUCCAAAAGAUACGAAUAAGAGUAAAAAAAGUGCAACUAAUAAAAAAAAAGUAACGCCUCGCAAAGGAAGAUCAAAAGAUAUUUUCAUUGGCGACGGUGCACCGGCGGAGUCUCUAAAACCUACGGUUGUUCAGCAGCAGCAGCAACAGCAACAACAACAAAAUUUUACCUAUCCUCAGGAAAAUGUUCAUCAACAACCAAACAAUGAAAUACCUUCACAAUCAUUACAACCAACCCAAGUGAUAUUUGCCAAUCAUCUAGAUCUCGCGCAACAACCUCAACCUGUUUAUCAUCAUCAAAAUUGGCCCCUAGAUCUGGUCCAAAGCAGUCAUCAUUACACACAGGACCAAUCGAACGGUGUUCAGAACAAUCAGCAUUUACAGCAUAUGCAUUCACAUCAGGAACUUCACUCGCAACCUAAUCAACAAGAAGCUGAUCGGCAAAUCUGCACGCAAAUGGAAGAGCAAAAUAUGCACUCGCACCAUCACAGUAUAGAACAUCAAUCGCAUCAAAUGAACCAACAAGUUCGGCAAUCGCAACGACUGAGCCAAUCUUGUUUAGCCUCUUCGCAAGAUAUUUCAAAGAGUUGUUCAAAUUCGCUUAAUUCUGAUGACAAUCAAAUAUUGAAUGAUAACAAUAGUUCUGAGAGAGAGUCUGAUAAUAAUGAUGAAGGUUCACGCAAUGAUCGAAAAAAGAAGGGCGGAAAAGUCAAAGGAACUCUAGAAACUAGCGUUGAAAUUCGUAAUCGAAUGAUAGGAAUGUCAGAAGCAGGACUUUCGACAUUGUCUAUUGCUUUGGCUAUCAAUAGAUCUGAACGGACAGUUAAGAGGUGGUUGGAACGAUGGCAUAAAGAGGGAAAUGUUCAAACAAAAGAAAGAAAAGGAAGGAGAAGAAUAACAACUAAAGAAGAAGACGAAGCAAUAAUUGCAAUGGCAACGCAACAUCCGUUGACAGCUGCAAAGUACGUUGCACCAGCUCUAGGACUAAAGUGCAGUGUUGACACGAUUAGAGAAAGACUUCACAAAGCUGGAAUUCAUAGUUGGAAACUAGGAAAAAAACAAGGUGAAGGCAAUGCGGUUCAUACUGUUCACCUCUGGCAACCUAGCGGGAACCGUCCUAAUAAACCAAAAAUUCUUAGCGACAAGAAAAAGAAGUCCUCAUCAAACAAAAAACGAGAUCAAACACAUGACGAUCCACAGAAGCGAGGAACGAAGAAAAAGAAAGCGGGCAAUAUGCAACAGAAAAAUGUACCACCACCGACGUUACCACCACCUAAUAUGCUCCCGGAACAAAAUAAUGUGCAAUUUCAGAGUCAAAAUACAAUGGUACCUUACGUUCCGGCACCCUCAAUAAUGCAACCAUUACACACUCUAUCCUCGCCUCCUACACUUCAGCAUUCACAGCCAAUGCCUACUGAUCAACAAGUAUCUCCUCCGUGUCCAACACCUAUGCAACCAAUGGGACCUAUAAUGCAACAGAGACCUGAUUGUAGAUUAGUGCCAACAGUGGAAGCACCUGUUUCCAGUCAACCGAACAGUAUAGCCUAUCCCUCGUGUAUGGUUACUAACAACAAUCAAACGAGUCACAUGGAACAAACUGAUCCACUAAAUUACGAACCCUAUAUUUGGACCUUCUAAAAAUUUUACUCUAAGUAAAGUCUCUACCAUAUCAUCGCCACUAUUGAGACUACGUUUCCCUGUUUUAAUACAACUGCGUUUACAUUCGAGAAAUUUGGAGAAAAUUAUAAAUUAAAAACAAAUGCAUUCUCCCUAUCCAAAGAAAUAUUGAAAAU